AUUCCUUUUUGCCCUCACUACAUCCAAUUCUCAAUUUUGGCGUCAUUUCAUCCUCCAUUAACGCACCUCCAUUUUGGCUCUCCUCCCAUGGCGUUUUCUUUUUCAAGGUGAACCUCACAACCAACACCACUCUAUUACAUUCCGGAAUGUUGUGCAAUAAAAGAAGAAGAACUUCCACCAGCGCCGGUGCCGAGAUUUCUGAUCUCUUCGACGGUUUACCGGACGAUCUAGUCGUCGUCGUCCUUGGCAAGCUUAGCGCCACCGCUUCUUCUCCUUCAGACCUCGUCAAUGUUAUGAUAACAUGUAAAAGGUUCAAUCGAUUGGCGCUGCAUCCGAUUGUGUUAUCGAAAGCUGGACCUAAAGCAUUUGAAAUCCAAACUAAGAAUUGGUCUGAAUCGACUCAUCGAUUUCUGAAAUUGUGCGUUUCUGCUGGUAACGUGGAAGCUUGCUACACUCUCGGAAUGAUCGAGUUUUAUUGUUUGAAGAACAGAGGGACUGGAGCUUCGUUAAUGGCGAAAGCCGCGAUUAAAUCUCAUCCGUUGGCGCUUUACUCGCUCGCCAUCGUACAAUUCAACGGAAGCGGUGGCUCAAAAAGCGAUAAAAAUCUCCGUGCCGGAGUUGCUCUGUGCGGACGAGCCGCUUAUCUCGGCCAUAUCGACGCGCUUCGUGAACUAGGCCACUGCCUUCAAGACGGUUACGGCGUUCCUCAAAACGCAUCCGAAGGACGUCGUCUCUUAAUCGAAGCCAACGCGCGUGAACUCGCAUACAUAACAAACUCCUCCCUCCGCCGUCUCCACUGCUCCCGCCACCGCCAGUCCGCGACGGAUUCCGGCGGAUCGCUUCUCAGUGACUUUGGCUGUAACUUUCCAGCGCCAGAGGCUCAUCCGGCGAACCAGUUUUUAAGAGAUUGGUUCGCAUCGGGGCGUGGAUCUAUCGCUGAAGGACUGAGACUUUGCUCAAACAGUGGAUGUGGAAGGCCGGAGACUCGACUACAUGAAUUCCGGCGAUGCUCUGUUUGUGGUAAUGUAAAUUAUUGUUCACGAGGCUGCCAAGCUCUGGACUGGAAACUGCGGCACAAGACGGAAUGUGCGCCGUUCGAUCGAUGGUUGAUCGAGGACGAAGAACUUGAAGGCGACGAGGACGGCGGCGUAAAUAGAAUAGAGCAGUUUGGCGACGGUGAGAAUGUGGAAUCUGAAUAAAAUUUGAUGAUUAAAAGCAAAGCUUAGGUCUGUUGCUGAAUAUCAAUUUAUUUAUUUAUUUAAAGUUCUACUUAUUUUAUAUUUUUUUA